GCCAGCAAGGCGAAGCCGGGCCGCCUCCUUCGCCGGGCCUGACCUUGCCUCCUUCUCCUCUACCGGCCCCGCUGCGCUCGCCUGCCGCUUCCUCCUCCUCCUCCUCCUCCUCCCCGGUGCCGCUGCUGAGCCUCUUUAAGCCGGAUCCGGACCACCCAGGCCAGCCCGCAGCAUUCCACAAUGGCUUCCUUGAAGGACAAACUGAUUACGUCAAUUGCAGCUCCAUCAACCCAACCGAACAACAAGGUCACUGUGGUGGGGGUCGGCCAAGUCGGGAUGGCUUGUGCGAUCAGCGUCCUGGUGAAGGGUCUCUGUGACGAACUGGCCCUGGUGGAUGUCAUUGAAGACAGGCUGAAAGGAGAGAUGAUGGAUCUGCAACACGGGAGCCUGUUCCUCCAUACUCACAAGAUCGUAGCAGACAAGGACUACGCCGUCACCGCCAACUCCAAGAUUGUCGUGGUUUCUGCCGGAGUCCGCCAGCAGGAGGGCGAGAGCCGCCUUGACCUGGUCCAGCGCAACGUGAACGUCUUUAAGUUUAUUAUCCCCCAGGUGGUGAAAUACAGUCCCAACUGCAUUAUCCUUGUGGUGUCCAACCCAGUGGACAUCCUGACCUACGUCACGUGGAAGUUGAGCGGCCUGCCCAAGCACCGCGUCAUCGGCAGCGGCUGCAACCUCGACACCGCUCGGUUUCGCUACCUGAUGGCGGAAAAACUGGGGGUCCACCCCUCCAGCUGCCACGGCUGGAUCUUAGGAGAGCACGGGGACUCGAGCGUGCCCGUCUGGAGUGGGGUCAACGUGGCCGGCGUUUCAUUGCAGGAGCUGAACCCUAAAAUGGGAACUGACCAAGAUCCUGAGAACUGGAAAGACGUUCACAAACAGGUGGUUGCCAGUGCCUAUGAGGUAAUCAAGCUGAAAGGCUACACCAACUGGGCCAUCGGCUUAAGCGUUGCCGACCUUCUGGAGACCAUUUUGAAAAACCUUAACAGAGUUCACCCAGUAUCCACCAUGGUGAAGGGAAUGUACGGCAUCGAAAACGAGGUCUUCCUCAGCCUGCCGUGCGUGCUCGGCUCUGCCGGGUUGACCAGCGUGAUCAAUCAGAAACUGAAGGAUUCCGAAGUGGCCCAGCUCCAGGGGAGUGCAACCACGCUGUGGAACGUCCAGAAGGACCUGAAAGACCUGUAGGCCCGCCGGGAGGGCUCCUCGCCAGCAACAACCAGAAAACAACCAAUCGUUCAAGACCCAGCUCGUGUUUCCAAGCCACACCCUCUCGUUCAAACUCCACAGGCGAGCUCCCAUUAGCCAUAGCAAAACAGUACCAGCUUUUCGUCCACCGUGCCUAAGGUGUGUGUUUGGGUUGUAACGCAGUCCUCCGGAACAAAUAAAACCAGCUCCUUUCGUGUGCGCUCUGUUCUCCAA